UUAGGCAAUUCAUUGGUAAUAGCAGUGUUGGCUCUCAAUCGUGAAACUCAAACGGCGACCAACUUUUUCCUCCUAAACCUUGCGAUCGCCGACUUAUGUGUCGCCAUAUUCUGUGUCUAUCAAAACCUAUCGAUCUAUUUGUUUACCGACUGGUCGUUCGGUGAUAUCCUGUGCCGUAUGUAUCACUUCAUACACGCCCUGAGCUAUACGGCAUCGGUGUAUAUAUUGGUUGUCAUAUCCAUUGAGCGCUACUUAGCUCUGGUCUAUCCAUUGAUGAGCCGACGGCUCCUAACAAUGAGAAAACUGAAGAUAACAAUAAUCAUUGUCUGGUUAUUGUCRGCCAUCUGUUGUUUUCCUCGUUUCAUAAUUUUCGGUACCAUUCAUAUACCACUUCCACAUCAAGAAACCCAAACAUUAUGUGUACUCAAACAAGUCAUAUAUGACGCCAAACUAUAUGAUGUUGUGUACAUCGCUCUGUGCUUUAUUACACCGCUUAUCAUAAUAUCUGUACUCUAUCUGCGUGUAUGUUAUCAUCUGUGGACCAGUCCGUUGCCCGGCUAUAGUCUACAAGCGAAUCGGUCGACAACAUCGACACCGAACAACGUGUCGUCGCGCGAAUCGCAACCGGUAUGUAACGGCAAUAAUAAUAAUAAUAAUAGUAGUGGUGGUGGAGGUAGUGUUGCCGCCCAUAACACUUACACCGAUGCCAUGUCGUUUAAAACACGACUGUGCUGUACAAAUCACGGCGGGGACAACCAUCUGAGUGAGUCGUCCAUCAAAUUGAUAAUAGAAAGGCGCAAAAAGGUCAUCAAAUUGCUUAUCGUGAUUGUUGUAGCCUUUGCCCUGUUUAGUGCCCCAUUUCAUGCCCGCAAACUGGCCCAACAUUUUCUGCACGGCUAUCAAGUGGACUCGGCUUUUGCCACAAUGUUUACAAUAUUAACAACUUUAUUGCUUUAUUUAAAUUCAGGGGUCAAUCCUCUAAUCUAUUUGAUAUUUUCAAAAAAAUUGCGUCGACUAAUGAUUGACGUUAUCUAUCAGCUGUUUGUCAAAAUCCAUGGGUGCGCCACUGGCAACACUGGCCAUAGUCGAGACACUGCUACSGAUUGUUGUAGCGGUGUAGCCAGGUCUACUAAUAUUAUUUUGCCGGUAAAAGUCGUAUCCGAUAGCUAUGAUCACUCCGAUUGUAACACUAGAGCUACUAUGAAAAUCAUUGAUACACUAUUAAUGAGACUAUAA